GUGAAUGAUUCCCAGCUCAUCAUGAUCUCGGAGAAAGCGCAGUACGACCAUUCCAUGACAGGAUAUUUGCAUAAGCGGACCGCCGACUCAGCUAAGUGGCAAUUACGAUGGUUCGUUUUGUAUCAGAAUUUGCUGUUCUAUUACGAGAACGAGCACUGUUCGAGGCCCAACGGCGUCAUUAUGUUGGAGGGAUGCUACUGCGAUCGUCUCAUCACCGCCAAAGGCAAAGAGCCUGACAAACAGGUAGGUGCUUUCAGUUUUCGUGUUGCGUCGGGUCCCUGUGCGCGGUAGCUUGUUCGACGAACGCUGGGAGAAUAGCUCUCAGGGAUGGAAGAAGCGAGGCUUCGAUUCUUCAAAGAGCGAUUUACAACGUGCUGGGAAAUUUAAUUGGGUUAGCCCCGUACGGACACCGGGAAACUAUUAUGGAAUAUUGGAUUCGUUUCGAUACGCUACAGGGGCACUUUCAGGCGUAGUAAAAGUGGAGAAAUAACGAUACGUGGCGUCGAAAAAACGUUAACCUCAUGACUUUCACAAUCGUCUCAUUAUUCAAGUUAAAGUUGAAAGUAAAGGACGUUUUAAAAGAC